GACCUAUUCUAUCGUUAUUCUUCCCUGACUUCAUACCUUUUCAAAUGUCGAGCAACUUACUCAACCACGCCUCUACUGAUGGCAGAAAUUUUGAUCUAAAUAUAUUAGAGAAAAUUAUACAUCACCUUCUUUCUCAGGAGCUUAAGACUGUCAAGCUAAUCAGCUCACCUUGGAUCGAAGUCUUACGAACUACCAAUGAUCCCGAAAUUGCCGGUCCCAUCCUCCGACGUAUAGAGGAUGACUGUGCGAAGUACGAGCACGUCAUGAGCCAAUCCGUCAACCAAAUAGAAUCGGUGAUCCAUAGAGUUUCCUCUCGCAUGCUACGCAAUACUGAGAAUGUAAACGAGCUGGUACGCAAUCACAGAGACUGGCUUGGCCUGGGCCAGAGAAUCUCGCCUCAAGUAGAGCCCGUAACAAUCCCAAAUAUCACAUAUAUUGAUCUUACGGGGCCAUCUUGUCGCAUUUGCAUGAGAUCUAUUGAGGAGUCGCGGGCUACAGUUUAUAAUAGAUGUGGAUGUAUCACCUGUGAAGAUUGCUUUCCUGCGGGCAAAAGAGAGUCCUGUGACUUCCUCGGGCAUGAAAUCUUUCGCCUCCAGGAUUCGAUUAGAAUUUACGGCAUAUCUGACCCUUGUGGCAUCUGUCACAAUGUAUUGCAGAGACUAACAAGACUACAAGGUUGCGGACAUCUCUUUUGUAGAGGCUGCUUACUGUCCCUACGAAGGCACCGAAGCCGAGCUUGCCCAACAUGUCGUCAAAGAUGCUGUGAUAGGGAUACCUGUAGUGUUACCGACUGCUGUCUUUCUCUUCAAUCGGAGUGAUGUAUAGGGUGGUGGCACAGCUUGCCUGUGACUAGCUGGAACGUUUAAUGAGCUAGUUAACACAGCAACUUUAGGAAGUGUAUGAAUAAAUAUUCGCUCCAUAGGUUCUCAAC